AAAUGGACUCGACGAUGGCACAGGUGACGUUGUUGACCGCCACGAUAGCUGCACCCUUGGUGCACUGAGAACAGGCCGGUGCAAUGGCCAGACAGUCGUUGCCGCUGCAGGACGCGCACUGGGCGUUCAUGCUGGUCUUGCACGUGUUGAUGUAGUUGGAGCCGAGGAUAAGACCGGCAAGCAGACUCGGGUAACCCAGUGCCCACUGUGACGCCGUGCGCUUGACGAAGAUGCCGUUGUACGCAAAACCGGAGAGGUCCAGGUCGGCGAUGGCUGCUGGGCCGGUAGCUAGGAAGGUCAGCACGGCACUGUUGUUGGUCACCGUCUUCAUUGCCACCGGGUCCAGCGAGUUGAGGCCGUUCAUCCAGCGCAUCAUUUGCUCGCCAUGUUCCGUGAUGGUGGCGAUGAUAUCGGUCAUAUUUUGAGUGGAGGCGAAGGAGGCCUCAGCGACCGCCGCCAGCAGGUUGAACUCGCCACCCGUGGCAGCGAUAACACUGAAGUACCCGGUGUCGAAGCUCACAAUCUCGUCCGAGUCGGAACAGCCAUCACAACUCCUCUCGGCCAUGUACGUGUGGUACGUGUACGUCUUGUAGGUGACGAUGGAGGCGUCGUCCGACAGGGACACGUCCAGCUUGAUCUCUCGACGGCGGUACACGUACGGCCCCAUUUCCUGGACUUGCAGCUUUGCGUUGUUAGCGAGAUAUUCUUCGGCGUUGGUGGCGUUGAGCAUGUACACGGAGACGUAGUAGGGUGAGCAGUCGUCGCAGUCUCCGUACGGGUCCAAGUAACUCGCCUUGGACACUUCGUCGUCUGAACAGCGCACAACCUGGUCGUCCACGACCGAGUUGACGUACGCUGGCAUGGCAAUGCCAUACAAGAUGCCGAUAAUGGCGGUAAGAGUGCCCACGACCAUGAGCACAAUAGCCCAGACCUUCGGGCUGCAGCAUAGUCUUCGCUUUGGCUCGGUUUCUUCGAGCUUGGGGAACAAACUGGGCGAUCCUUUCUCAAACUGCUCGAAGG